AUGGGUAAACGGAACUUCGAGGAGCUUUCAGUAACCGCCACUGGCGUACAGAACCUCGAAGACCGCUUUGGGAAGCGACGCCGUCGGCAUGACUACGAUGACUUGCCACCCAUAAGACAAUGGCGAUGUAACCUGACUGGUCUCUCCCAGGAACAAAAUCUGUACUUCGUAGCAUAUGGUCAAGAUGUUUAUGUCUACGUGCCACAAUACCCUGCGCAAGCGGUGUCUAGCCUACCAGUCUUGAUUGUACCGUCUCAGCCCACGAGGCCCGAUCUAACAGGUUUCCUUGAUCCGCGCGAGCCGCAUACGAUAAAUAAUCUCAUUGUCCACCACCUUGGCACGGAUGAGGUCCUGGCGACUGUCCGAGAUGAUGGAGACGUGGAGAUGGUACUGGUGCGACACAUCUCGCAGGCCAUAACGCGACGAGCAGAGUCUGACAAUACUCUUCCCCUACGGGCUAGUGAAGUGAGACCCUUCUUCCAAGAGAAUGUCAGCAUCAGCGCCUGGGGCUUGUCGAUCCACACGCAGGCUCGCAUACUGGCUACCAGCUCCAAUGCGCAUGAAGUACGGAUUUUCAAAUUCGGGUUGUUGCACGCAGCGAACGAUCCGUCAUACCCGGACUUAUCGCACAACCAGGAAGAACUACCGGAUACUGGCUUACGGGCGCCUGGUCCUCACUCUACGAAGAGACGGCCAAGCAGACAGAUGGACGUGACACAGCGUGUCAUUAACGGCGAAACCAACGUGCCCUACAUAUCAUUCUGUAAUACAGGCGAUGACCCGGAAGCACGAUGGCUGCUCACUACCGACAUCGGCGGAUACUGCCGCAUAAUGGACCUGCAUUCUGAUGCCACGCCUACAACACAGAAGUUCCGCUUCGGGCGAUCGUACUUGGGUCAAGGUGGCGGUUUCGACAGGCUUAACGCUGGCUGGGCGAUCAUGUUUCUGGACAGGCGAAGUUUCCUCUUGGAAGACACGCUGCACGCCGCAGUCGGUCUCACCGAAGGCCAAAGCUUGCCGGGCAUUAAAGGUGACGUUCGGAUGUGGGACCUGAGUGAGAUUGUGGAUCAAGUACCUAACAACUCGCUCGCCUUUACACAGAAUGGUGUGCGCACGUCAAGGCAGGCGCCUGACCACAUUCGCCAGCAUGAACGGCAAAACGGCUCUCUCGAACCAGGGUCUCCAGGCAUAGGCGCUACUGUUGACCAUGAUGCCCAAACACCAAGGGAUGCAAUCGAGAUGAUCGUGGAGCAACUGGUAGCACAGACGGCGGAAGCUAUUGAUGACGAGGUUCUGUCUUCCGUACCCGAUGAUGACCCAGAAGGUGACAUAGAAGAUGAAUACGAUGACGAUAUUGUGCAUCUCGUCGAAGAUGACGGCGACCCUGAUGAUGAAGGCACGGAAGACACCGUGUCAUUCAACAACGUCUAUGGAGGCAGGCGCAUUUUUGGAAAUCAACCCUACUUCUACCACCAGACGGGCAUAUGCCACGAUCUACCUUGUCCGAUCCUGCACGCAUCGGUCAAGAACGUGUACCUGCUGCAGCCUUCUAACCAGCGGCUGCAUCCAGGUCCUUUCUCCCCGCCCAUGGUCGGCAUGGCCAACCCUCUCCGGCAGGCAAUCCAAAACCAGUUCGCUUACCUGAAUGUGUUUGACCGCCUCAAUAUGAACGCAUACAUACCGGCUCUUGGCGUCGUUGUGCUCGCUUCGCAAAAAGGUCGUGCGGUCGUGCUGUCGCUUACCAAACUAGCUGCUUCUACGAAGUACUCGGCAGAGAUGCGCGGGCAUCUCGAUCGGCCGAAGACGGACUAUGCGAUAAGAGUUGAGUGUAUACUGCCGUUUGCUCAUCAAGAGAUGCAGAACCAGCGCCCGUUUGCGCCACUGCAUGGCAUCGCUGUCGGUCCCCUGCAGGGAACGGAAGGCUUGCUGGAAGAGAAGAAGCGGUGGCGUCUCCUCAUGAUGUAUCAAGAUCACUCCAUCCUCAGCUACGAGGUCAAGAGACAAAUCUGGAGUGACUCUGUGGUAGAGGUAGGAAGAGUGAUGGUAUAA